AUGGCCUUCACCAGGCAUUUUCCUCAUAGUGGCUUUAUCUAUGAUCCAGUUAUGCAGCCAACAAAACCAAUUCAGAACAUUUACCAAUUAGAUAGUUCACGUUUUCAAAAAAUACCAAAAGGAAGAUUUGAUACCACUUAUCGUUCAGAAUUUAGCAAUAGACAACGUUAUCCUAACCGGGAGAAUUAUCCAACAAAACAGUUUACCAAUGUAAUGAACCAAUAUCCGGUUUUACCUCCAAUACAGACCGGAAGAUCAGAAACAAAUCGAGAUCAACAACAACAAUCAUCGCGACUAAACGAUCAAGAGGUACCGAGUAAUUAUUCUAAUACUAAUGGUCAACCGGAUGUACCACCGCUUAAUUUAUCAGAACAAAACUAUAAUCAAAAUGAGCCACAACAAGAUCAAUAUCAAAUGGAUAAUAAUAAUAAUAAUAAUUACAACUUUCAGCAAAGAUCAUCAUCAAUCGAUAAUUAUUUAUCAACUGAACCAAUCCUCUUAACGGAGUUUGAAGAACAUCAACUAUCAAAUGAAAUACGAAGUCAACUUGGGCCACAAGCUGUUGAUCGAUUAAAAAUUCUUUAUCACGAGUUAUCCAGUUUCGAUCCCAAUGUUACUGGCUAUGUACAUUACUCUCAAAUCAAAUUGACGUCAAAUAGACUCGGACUAUUUUUAUCUGAUGAUACAUUACGUUUUGCUUUGUGCAAAUUUGUUUCACCAAAUCAACCACGAGGUUUUGUUAAUUAUGAAGAUAUGAUCCGAUAUUUUGCAAGAUGUUUAUCAUCUCUAGCACCAAAUCAAUAUGGACAAAACCGUUACUCACCACAACAACAACAACAACAACAACAACAACAACAGUCGUACAACAACAAUUAUGGAAGGUAUAGUCCACAAAAAAAUCAAAAUACGAGUAGUGUUGUCAGUAAUAAUAAAUAUGAAAGUUUCGAAGAAAAAUUCGAUCCUGAUGAACGACAAAUACGAGUUUUAUUAAAACAAAAUAUCAAACAGUUUGAAAUAGAUGGAGCUAUUGAUUUUCAAAAGUUACUUCGAGAACUUAGUUUAACGGAUCGUGCUCAAAGUGGUGUGUUAAAUCGUCAACAGAUCGAAGAAGUUAUCUAUAAAACUCGUAUACCAAUGCAACGUUCAUUAAUAUAUGCAAUAUUAGAAAAACAUUGUAAAGCGUAUGGUGGAUUAUAUAAAUGGCAAAAUUUUGUCUGGUAUCUUCAACAACAGAUACAAGAUGUUAAACAAAAUAAAAUUACUCCAAGAUAUGAACAAAAUGAUAUUAAUCGACAAAUUUAUGAUCGUAGUAGUCAAUUAGAUUCAUUAAGAAAUGAAUUUAAUGAACAUGAUCGUCUAAGACAAAUUGAACGACAAAUUGCAAAUUUGGAACAAAUGAGAUGGGAAACAAAACAACGAAUUCAAUCGGCUGAUCAUGAUGGUCGAACCUCAAAUUCUUGGUUUAUGCGAUUUAUGCGUUUAGCCAAUGCAAUGUACACUCAUCGAACAAAUUCAAAUACCGGCUUGGACUUCUUAUUACCAAAAGAAGAGGCAAGACGUUUAAUACUGGCUUAUAAUGUUGUUUAUGAUUUAAAACUUGAAGAUAUAGAAAUAAAUAAUGCGAUACAAUCUUGCACGAGAGCAGGACAUGUUGUAAUUGACGAUUUAUUAAAAGUAUUAUCAAAAGUUAAUUGA